AUGGCUGCGACCGUCUACCGCCCCGCCACGGCCCCCAUCGCCGAUGCGCCUUGCGAAGGCCUUGUUUGCCUUGAGCUUGAGGAUGGCUCUGCCUACCAAGGCUACAGCUUUGGUGCGCCCAAGAGCAUUGCCGGCGAGCUUGUCUUCCAGACCGGCAUGGUCGGCUACCCUGAGUCCGUGACCGAUCCUUCGUACCGCGGUCAGAUUCUCGUCAUUACCUUCCCUCUUGUUGGAAACUAUGGCGUCCCCUCGCGGGAAACCGUCGAUGAUCUUCUCAAGGAUCUCCCCGCCCACUUCGAGUCCAACCAGAUUCACAUUGCCGGUCUCGUUACCGCGUCUUAUGCUGGUGAAGACUUCUCGCACUUCCUCGCCACCUCGUCCCUUGGAACAUGGCUCAAGGAGCAGGGCAUCCCUGCCAUGUACGGUGUCGAUACCCGCGCCCUCACCAAGCGCAUCCGCGAGAAGGGUAGCAUGCUUGGUCGCAUGCUUCUCCAGAAGGAAGACUUGGCUGUCAGCGCUCCUUCUCUCGGAGUCCCUGGCGACUGGAAGCCUCACUUCGAGACUAUCGAAUGGGUUAACCCCAACGAGAAGAACCUCGUUGCCGAAGUCUCGAUCAAGGAGCCCAAGCUCUACAAGCCCGAUGAGGCCACUGCCCUCAAGCACCCCUCGGGUCGCAACCUUCGUAUUCUCUGCCUCGAUGUCGGCAUGAAGUACAACCAGCUCAGGUGCUUCAUCAAGCGCGGUGUCGAAGUCCUCGUUUGCCCAUGGGACUACGAUUUCUCCAAGGAAGAAUAUGAUGGUCUGUUCAUCUCCAACGGUCCUGGUGACCCGAAGGUCAUGGACACCACUGUCGAGCACAUCUCUGCCGCCCUGCAGAAGAACAACACACCCAUCUUCGGUAUCUGCUUGGGUCACCAGCUGCUCGCUCGUGCUGCCGGUGCCAAAACGGUCAAGCUCAAGUUCGGUAACCGCGGUCACAACAUUCCUUGCACAAGCAUGGUCACUGGAAAGUGCCAUAUCACCUCGCAGAACCACGGUUAUGCGGUUGACGCUACCACUCUCCCCACCGGAUGGCAGGAGCUGUUCAUCAACGCCAAUGAUGGCAGCAACGAGGGUAUCAUGCACGUUGACCGCCCCCACUUCAGUGUCCAGUUCCACCCUGAGAGCACUCCCGGCCCCCGUGACACCGAGUUCCUCUUUGAUGUCUUCAUUCAGACUGUUGCCAAGUGCACCACCGACAACACUCUUCUCCAGAAGGGUGUCGAAUUCCCCGGUGGUACCACUGAGGAGAACGAGAGACUCCACCCCCGUGUCGAUGUCAAGAAGGUCCUCGUCUUGGGCAGUGGUGGUCUCAGCAUCGGUCAGGCUGGCGAAUUCGACUACUCGGGAUCUCAGGCCAUCAAGGCUUUGAAGGAGGAAGGCAUCUACACUGUCCUCAUCAACCCCAACAUUGCCACCAUUCAGACCUCCAAGGGCUUGGCCGACAAGGUCUACUUCUUGCCCGUAAACGCCGAGUUCGUCCGGAAAGUUAUCAAGUACGAACAGCCCGAUGCCAUCUACUGCACCUUUGGUGGCCAGACGGCCCUCUCGGUCGGUAUCCAGCUCAAGGAUGAGUUUGAGGCUCUUGGUGUCAAGGUUCUCGGUACCCCCAUUGAUACCAUCAUCACCACGGAGGACCGUGAGCUCUUUGCUCGCAGCAUGGAGUCCAUUGGUGAGAAGUGUGCCAAGUCCGCUUCGGCCAGCAGUGUUGAGGAGGCCCUCAACGCAGUCAAGGACAUUGGUUACCCGGUUAUCGUUCGUGCAGCCUACGCUCUUGGUGGUCUCGGCAGUGGCUUCGCCAACAACGAAGCUGAGCUCGUUGACCUGUGCAACAAGGCGCUGGCAGCCAGUCCCCAGGUCCUUGUCGAGCGCAGUAUGAAGGGCUGGAAGGAGAUCGAAUACGAGGUUGUUCGUGACGCCCAGGACAACUGUAUCACUGUGUGCAACAUGGAGAACUUCGAUCCUCUUGGUAUUCACACCGGCGAUUCCAUUGUCGUCGCGCCUUCCCAGACGCUUUCCGAUGAAGACUACAACAUGCUUCGCACUACUGCUGUCAACGUCAUCCGCCAUCUUGGAGUUGUCGGCGAGUGCAACAUCCAGUAUGCUCUGAACCCCUUCUCCAGGGAAUACUGCAUUAUCGAAGUCAAUGCCAGAUUGUCGCGUUCCUCGGCCUUGGCUUCCAAGGCCACCGGAUACCCCUUGGCUUUCAUUGCUGCCAAGUUGGGUCUCGGUAUUCCUCUGAAAGAGAUCAAGAACACCGUUACCAAGGUGACCUGCGCUUGCUUCGAGCCUUCUCUGGAUUAUGUUGUGGUCAAGAUGCCUCGUUGGGAUCUGAAGAAGUUCACCCGCGUCUCCACUCAGCUCGGCUCUUCCAUGAAGAGUGUCGGCGAGGUCAUGAGCAUCGGCAGGACAUUUGAAGAGGCCAUCCAGAAGGCCAUUCGUGCCAUCGAUUUUCACAACCUUGGCUUCAGCGAGUCCAAGACUGCGCUUAUGUCCGUCGACGACGAGCUCCAGACCCCCUCUGACCAGCGUCUAUUCGCCAUUGCCAACGCCAUGCACGCGGGCUAUACUGUCAACCGAAUCUGGGAAUUGACCAAGAUCGACAAGUGGUUCUUGUCCAAGCUCAAGGGCCUGAGCAAUUUCGCCAAGGACAUGACCAAACUCACGGCUAACGAUGUUGUUGGUCGUCCUGAUCUUCUCCUUCGCGCGAAGCAGCUUGGCUUCUGCGACCGUCAGCUUGCCAACUUCUGGGAUUCCAACGAGUUAGCUAUUCGUCGCAUGCGUCUUGAGGCAGGCAUUACUCCUUUCGUCAAGCAGAUCGACACCGUCGCCGCUGAAUUCCCUGCCUUCACCAACUACCUGUAUCUGACCUACAACGCCAGCGAGCACGAUGUUCCGUUCGAAGACCGUGGUGUCAUGGUUCUUGGUUCGGGUGUGUACCGCAUUGGUUCUUCCGUCGAAUUCGAUUGGUGUUCCGUUCGGGCCAUUCGCACGCUCCGCGAGUCUGGCUUCAAGACCAUCAUGGUGAACUAUAACCCUGAGACCGUCAGUACCGACUAUGAUGAAGCCGACAAGCUGUACUUCGAGAACAUCAACCUGGAAACCGUUCUGGACGUCUAUCAGAUGGAGGACGCAACCGGAGUGUUGGGAGCUAUGGGUGGCCAAACGCCCAACAACAUUGCCCUGCCCCUUCUUCGUGCUGGCGUCAGAGUUCUGGGUACUUCUCCUGAGAUGAUUGACACUGCCGAGAACCGCUACAAGUUCUCCCGCAUGCUUGACCGUAUCGGUGUUGACCAGCCGACUUGGAAGGAACUUACCAGCUUCGAGGAGGCGAAGGCUUUCUGCCAGAAGGUAUCGUAUCCGGUGCUUGUCAGACCUUCCUAUGUGCUUUCUGGCGCCGCCAUGAACACUGUCUACUCCGAGGCCGAUCUUGAGUCCUACCUUCAGCAGGCUGCCGAUGUCUCCCCUGAGCACCCUGUCGUCAUUACCAAGUACAUCGAGAACGCCAAGGAAAUCGAGAUGGACGCUGUGGCCAAGGACGGAAAGGUUGUUGGACACUUCAUUUCUGAACACGUCGAGAACGCCGGUGUUCACUCUGGUGAUGCAACCCUUAUCCUGCCGCCUCAGGAUCUGGAGCAGGCCACUAUUCAGCGCAUCGAGGAAGCCACUCGCAAGAUCGGUGCCGCUCUCAACGUUACCGGUCCCUUCAACAUCCAGUUCAUCGCCAAGGACAACGACAUUAAGGUGAUUGAGUGCAAUGUUCGCGCUUCGCGCUCUUUCCCCUUCGUCUCCAAGGUUAUGGGAGUUGAUCUUAUCGAGAUGGCCACCAAGGCUAUCAUGGGUCUGCCUUUCGUGGAGUAUCCUGCCAUCGAUCGUCCUUCUGGCGGUGUCGGUGUCAAGGUCCCCCAGUUCAGUUUCUCUCGUCUGUCUGGCGCCGACCCCGUCUUGGGUGUUGAGAUGGCUUCCACUGGUGAAGUUGCCUCCUUUGGUGUUGACAAGUACGAGGCCUACCUGAAGGCUUUGAUGUCCACCGGCUUCAAGGUUCCCAAGAAGAACAUCUUGCUCUCCAUCGGUUCAUACAAGGACAAGAAGGAGAUGCUGCCUUCUGUGGCCAAGCUUUCUCAGAUGGGCUACAAACUCUUCGCUACCGCCGGUACUGCUGAUUUCCUUCAAGAACACGACAUUCCCGUGCAGUUCUUGGAGGUUCUUGCCAAGGAGGAUGACCAGAAGUCCGAGUACUCCCUCACCCAGCACUUGGCUAACAACAUGAUCGACCUCUACAUCAACCUGCCCUCCAACAACAGGUACAGACGCCCUGCCAACUACAUCAGCAAGGGUUACCAGACACGUCGCAUGGCUGUUGAUUACCAGAUUCCCUUGGUCACCAACGUGAAGAACGCCAAGAUCCUUGUCGAGGCUAUCGCCAGGUACCGUGACAUGGAGAUCGGCGAGCGUGACUACCAGACCAGCCAUACCCCACUUCAGCUCUCUGGACAGGUCAACUUCACCCUUCAGGACUCGCUCUCCAGGCCUCACUCUUUCAAGAAGGCCCACGUUCUCUCCGUAGAGCAGUACACUCGCGCCGACUUGCAUCUCCUUUUCACUGUUGCCGAGGAGAUGCGCCUCAGUGUCCAGCGCGGAAACGUCAUGGACAUUCUUAAGGGACGCAUGCUUGCCACUCUCUUCUACGAGCCUUCCACCCGUACAUCGGCGUCUUUCGAGGCGGCCAUGAAGCGUCUGGGCGGUGAAGUCAUUUCCGUUGCUACGCAGCACUCCUCUGUUCAGAAGGGCGAGACUCUGCAGGACACGCUCCGUACUCUUGCCUGCUAUGCCGACGCCAUUGUUCUCCGCCAUCCCGACGAGACCUGCGUUGACGUUGCCAAGAAGUACAGCCCGGUGCCUGUUGUCAACGCUGGUAACGGAAGCAGGGAGCACCCCACCCAGGCUUUCUUGGAUCUCUUCACCGUCCGUGAGGAGCUGGGCACUGUCCAGGGCUUGACCUUCACGUUCGUCGGUGACCUUCGCUAUGGUAGACCUGUGCAUUCCCUGGUCUACUUGCUUCGUCACUACUCGGGAGUCAAGGUGCAGCUCGUCGCCCCCAAGGGACUUGAGUUGCCUACUGAUGUUCGUCAGCAACUGGUCAAGGCCGGCCAGCUGCUCUGCGAGUCUGAGACGUUGACCCCUGAGAUUCUCGGCAAGACCGAUGUCUUGUACUGCACUCGUGUGCAAAAGGAGAGGUUCCCGAGCGAGGCGGAGUAUGAGAAGGUGAAGGGUUCUUACCGCAUCGACAACCAGACCCUUAAGCACGCCAAGAGCAAGAUGGCUAUCAUGCACCCGCUCCCCAGAAACGAGGAGGUUGCUGAGGAGGUUGACUUCGACCAGCGGGCCGCAUACUUCAGACAGAUGAGAUAUGGUCUCUACUGCCGUAUGGCCCUCCUGGCGUUGGUCAUGUCUGGUUAGAAGAUGGUCGUUUCUCGAUUUACUUUUCAUUUAGGGUUUUCGGUGUUCCGGUGUAUAGACAAAAAGGGUAUAAUUUCCUUUGUCGUGUCUAUCUAACACAAGAAGAGUAAGAGAUAGAACGCGUAAACGAUUUAGGUAGACAUGUUCGUUUUCGCUUUUUUUCUUUUUCUCUCUCUUCAAAGUCCGCUUGAAGCGGCUAUGAUUUAAUGAUAUAAAUGGGUGUAAUGAUUUGUAUGAAUGAAUGUGAAUGAUGCGUAUGUUCGUUAUGUAUGUACACUGUUGAUCGGUGUGCGUGCGUUACGUGCGUUACGUUCGUUCGUUUCGUUCAUUCGUUAUGUAUACGUUAUGUACGUACGUUUAUUUCGUUUCUUUUUUUCUUUUUCUUUUUAUUUUAUUUUAUAUAUAUACGUUUGAUACGUAUCUUUUUGUAUUUAGUUUAGAUCUAAUGCCUAAUCUAAUUGAAUGACUCGCUACCAA